AUGGCGGCGAGGCUCGGAACGUGGGGCCGGUUGGACUUGCCAGUCUCCAUCGGCAACGUCGGCGGGACCUUCACCAGCGGCGGCGCGUGGAGGUUCAUGGUGAGAGCUUUCGCCACCAGUGACGGCAGCGUCGGGAAGCUCAUCGUGCAGCGUGUCAGGCAGCGGGUCGACCGGUGCAGUGGCAGCCACUCCAGGCGGCUGGGCGUCACAAUCCGCACCUUGCAGAGGGACAUGCUGACGGGCGUUAUGAACGGCAGCGUCGGGACGAAGUGCGCCAUCAGAUGGCUCUCGAAGCUGACGAAAAAAGCCGAUGACCUGGUGCAGUUCGCAGCCCUCGCAGGUGCCGAGUGGGAUGUAGUACGGGUUAGGCGGCGUCUGGCGGUGAAGACCACUCACAAACAAGGAUAG